UGGCACCCGUCAUAUUAUUUCUUUUUUCUCCGGCACUAUACACUGUCGCUAUCGGAUGGCUUAUCUUUGGGGUCCUCUCAUUGUCUAGGCCUGGUGGUAGUGUCAGGAUAUAUAUAUUGUGCCUCUCGCCUCCACAAUGCACUCCACGCCCCACAGUGAACCCCAAGAGUGUCUUGGUACUUGAUCUUCUCUAGCUAUACUUUAGUCGUGAUCGUCACUGUACUCCAUCGCCAAUGGAUAGCUUCACUGAAAAGAAGGAUGCCGUCAUCUCCUCGGAGCGAGAGAUCACCGCCGAGUUCACCUCGUACACGAACGAGAAGAACGAUGUCUACGUCUCGACGUCCUCGCCAUCCGAGCAGCCCUCGCUCAGCGACUUGGAGCGCGAGCGCUUCACCAGCCGAAUCAUGGAGUCCAAGGAGCUUGAGGAUAUUGGAGCCAGCACGACGCAGCUUGAGUUCUUGUUGUCAAAGCUACAUAUCCUCUCGCUUGACGAAUGUGUCGAGGAACUGCGUACUGCCGCGGAUUAUCAUCGUGACGACUACAACUAUCCGAUUGACACGCGCGAGAAAAUCAGUCGGUUGCUUGAAGGAGCAAUGGCGUACGGUCAGGGUCAGGAGAUUUAUGAGAUGGAUCUUCGCCUUGAGGCUACGCUCAAUCGAUUCAAUUCUCCUUAUCCAGAAGUACGUGCUGUCACCGACCCGACUGACGACAAAUCUCUAGCCGUCGAGACUCCUCGCGCGUACUUCCUCGGCCUAUUUUGGGUUGUCGUCGGGUCCUUCAUCAACGAAGUCUUUCUCACUCGCCAACCCUCUCUUUCCAUCAAGUCCGCCGUCUUCCAGAUCCUCGUCUACCCGGGCGGUAAGCUCCUCGAGCGCAUACUGCCUGAUAAGACGUACUACUUCCGUGGCCGCAAAUUCGCUCUAAACCCAGGACCAUGGUCUUACAAAGAGCAGAUGUUUGCGACAAUCAUGAUCAACGCCGGCGCAAACUUUGCAAACGUCGAGAAUCAUACGCUUGUGUAUAAGCUGCCGCAGUUCUUUGCGCAGACGUGGGUGAAUUUCGGGUUUAUGUUUGUCGCGAAUGUGUCGACUCAGUUCUUUGGUUUUGGAGUUGCUGGUAUUUUGAGACGCUGGGUCAUUUAUGAGAAGAAAGCUGUCUGGCCGACGAUGUUGCCUACUCUUACUCUGAACAGAGUUCUUCUCCAACCAGAAGAGAAGCAUAGUAUUCAUGGCUGGACGAUCUCUCGAUACCGCUUCUUCUGGUACGUCUUGGCGGCUAGUUUUGUGUACUUUUGGCUGCCGGAUUUUCUGUUCACCGCUUUGUCGACCUUCAACUGGAUGACCUGGAUCGCUCCUGAUAACAAAAUCCUGGCGCUCAUCACGGGAUCCAAAACCGGCAUGGGCUUCAACCCCAUUCCGACUUUCGACUGGACUGUGAUCAAUUACUCCGGUCCUCUCACAAAGCCGUUUUUCUCCAGCGCGAAUCAAUUUGCUGGUGUUUUGUUUGGUGCUUUUCUGAUCAUUGGUAUGGUGUGGAAGAACUACAAGUGGACUGGAUACAUGCCGAUGAAUACCUCGACCGUUUACGCAAACAACGGCUUGAAGUACAACAUGACACGGAUCACAGACGCGAACAGCCGUCUGGACGAGAAGGCUUAUCGCGCGUACUCUGCGCCGUACUUCACCGCCGGAAAUCUGCUUCGCGAGGGUUCUUCCUACUGCAUGGUCACUCUGAGUUUCACCUCGAUCUUGCUGUCAGACCACAGACUUUUGUAUAACUCGCUGAAGGGAUUCGUCAAGUCGCUUAAGAACUGGCGGGUCAAUAAGCUAGGCAAAACGUCGAGUUUUGAGGAUUUCAAUGAUCCUCUGUCGCUCAUGAUCCGCGAGUACGAAGAGGUGCCGGACUGGUGGUUCCUCGUCAUUUUACUAGUCUCGCUAGUCUUUGGAAUCAUCCUCUUUGAAGUCUACCCAGUCGUCGCACCUGUGUGGGUCUUGUUUGCCGUUUUUGGAAUUUCGAUCUUGCUGCUGAUCCCUUCGACUGUUAUUUACUCGGUUACGGGAUACCAGGUCGCGUUCAACGAUCUCAUGGUCUUGCUCGGUGGUUACUUCGUUCCUGGAUCGGGAAUCGGAAAUAUCAUCGGUCGACUAUAUGGCUGGAAUAUUGACGAGCAGGCGGAAUCUUUUGUCUCGGACCUGAAACUUGCGCACUACGCCAAGCUUCCGCCGCGAGCGGUCUUUAGAGGACAAGUUAUCGCGACCGCAGUCAACUGUCUCGUAACGAUUGGUGGAAUCCAUGUUGUCCUUGGCCUUAACCGCAUCUGCUAUUCUGAUCAGCCUGAUAAGUUUGUGUGUGCGUAUCCAAACAGUAUCUACAACACCAGUUUGUUCUACGGACUCGUGGGCCCUGACAGAGUGUUUGCGAUGUACCCUGGACUCAAGUACUGCUUCCUUGCCGGCGUUGUGAUUGGUCUUGUGUACUACCCCUUGCAGCGCUACUUCCCGCGUGUGUUUAGAUCAAUCCAUCCGGUGGUCGUCCUCUCGGGCGUGUAUGUCUACGGCCAGUCCUACAACCUCUCCUACUACACCAUGGGCUUCUGGUUCGCGCUCUACUUCAUGUACUUUGUGCGUCGCAGAUACCUAAACUGGUGGACAAAGUACGUCUACGUCCUCACCUCCGGUCUCACAGCCGGUACAGCGUUCUCAGCCAUCAUCAUCUUUGGCGCUAUCAGCUACACAGGCACGUCGGUGAAAUGGUGGGGGACUACGGUGUCGACUGCCGGUAUCGACGCGGUAUCGACGACGACUCUGUACGAUAUGCCGGAGUCGGGCACGUUUGGCUUGAGUGUUGGGGAGUUCCAGUGAGUUGUUCGAUAUGAUACUCACAGAGUCUGUUUAUUUGCUAUUUCCACUGUUUGUUUGCUAUUUCCACUGUUUAUUUGCUAUAUCUACUGUUUAAUUUGCUAUUUCCAAGAAUGAAGAAUAUUGUAGCCAGUGGUUCGCAGUUGAAAAUCCAUACAAAUCAUCCACCUAAAAUUAGCUAAUAAAUGACGUAACGUAACUUUGCUGCUCAUCGCGAAACCAAUCAUCCGGCAAACUCUCAGACUUUCUCUCCGC